AUGUGGCAUCUCAAGCCCUCAGCUAGGGACGUCCCAUGCAUCCGUGCAUCCACUGGACACAUACUCAACAAACAUCUACAGGUUUCUGUUCCAAGGUUUGACAAGAUUCCCUGGUUUAGUGAGGCCAGCUUCAUGAACAAGCCAUUAGUGCUCAGUCUCCCCAAAAGAUAUCCUCAUUCCUCUGCCACUUUUCUGGUUGCAUCCAAGAAGGGUAUGAAUUUGCCAAUUUUGUUCCAAGUUCCAGAUGUCUUAUCUAAGGCCGGGUGGAACCAGAACCAGAACGACCCCACACUGAUCAGAAACAAGCAGCUAUGCCCCAUGUGUCGAGAUGUGAAGAUGGUGCAACCAAAAACUCUGAUAAUCCCAGAUGAUCUGAAACUAUCCUUUGCAAAUAUUAUGAAUCAUAGAAUGAUGAGUCUCCAUCUGCCAAAAGCCCAGACUGUACCCAAACGUUCUCGUGAUGACAUCCUAACAGAGAACGUUCACUACAGACUGCCCAUUCUGGGCCCCAGGACAGCUGUCUUCCACGGACUGCUGUCAGAUGCCUACAAAACCCUGAAAGAGACACAGCUCUCUUCCUUGCCCAGAAAAGAACCAGUGGGCAAAGCAGUGAGUCAGUGAAUGGUGGGAACUCAUCACCUUCCAGAUGCUGAGAGAGAAAGCCACCUCACCAAGACAGAGGGCCAGAGAUGGUUCCAGGAGGUCAGCAUGAUAAGAAUAAAAGAGAGAAAUGGUGGUCACCCUUCUGUCCUUAUCUCAGUCAGUUAACUCUGAUAGAUGACAGAGGUUACUGGAUUGCAGUAACUGGUAAAUGGACUUCUUCCUACCUGUUGGAGCACUCUCUGGUCUGGUAUUGGAGGGUGGGUCACACUCUCAGGGAAACUCCUAAAGUUUAUACCAGAGGCUGACUCCUUCCCAUGACCUCAACAGCAACUGGAGUAGGAAGAAAUGGAAAACUGAAAGAAGCACUAUGAUCUCUAAAGCUAAGACCAAGUGAGAAUGCCCCUAAGGGACAUGGUACCAUCAGGUACUUAUAUGGGAGCAACAAUGGAAGAGCAGCAAGAAUGCUGUAAGGAUGAUGACAUGCCCCACUCGCCACCACCCCGACCUCACUAAUUCUCCCACAACUUCCCCACAUAUGUGCCAAGAUCCAGACAUACUGGACUACUUGCAACUUCCUGAAAGUGCCUGCUUUUUUUUUUUUUGGCCUCUAGGCUUUUCUUUAUGUUAUUAUUCUGUCUUCCUAGCUGCUCUUCCCAGUCCUUCCCAUAAGUAGGACUUCCUCCUACUUAUCCUUCUGGGUGUGACUAGGUAUCAGUUUCCCUCCUCUUGUUAACCUUCUGCCUCAUCACCAUCCCAGACUAUGCUCUUAGAAGACUUUUUCCCUGUCUCCAUACAUCACAAGUGAUAUUGUAAUUGUUGAUUUAUAAUCACCAUUCACUGUUUCCAGAAUGAUGACGGCAAUGAAAUCGUAGAUGCUAUGUGUUGAGCACUGCCUAUGUUCCGAGUACUAUAUUUUAUGCCAUUAAUUCUCAUAUCAACCUCAUGUGUAGGACUGUUAUUCCCACUCUGUUGUUGUUGUUGUUUAGUUGCUAAGUCGAGUUCAACUCUUUCACGAUGCUAUGGACUAUAACCCACCAGACUCCUCUGUCCAAGGGAUUUUUCAGGCAAAAAUACUGGAGUGGGUUGCCAUUUCCUUCUCCACGGCAUCUUCCCAACUCAGGGAUCCAACCCUAGUCUCCUGCAUUGGCAGGUGGAUUCUUUACAACCAAGCCACCAGGGAAGCCCUGGUGAAACUUAGAAAUGAAACUUAGAAAGGCUUUAUCUGCACUUACACAGUUAAUAAGAAGCAGGAUCAGGAUGAGAACAGAGGUCUAGUUUUCACCCAUUGGGCUGUGCACAACCUCAAGGCAGAGAUACAUCUUUCAUGUCUGUAGCCUCAGCGUCUAGCACAGUGCCUGGAAUGAAGAGCAGAUGUGCUCAGUAAUGUAUCUGAUAAAUCAGUAAAUGAAUGGUGAUGAAUUGCUGUCACAGUCAGCCUUGAUAAUCUCAAUAUAUAUUUCCUGGUCCUGGAUAACCAUUUUAGAGGAACAGUUACAUCUAAAAUAAA